AUGAAAUAUAUAUUAAUAACAGGACAUAUAGCAAGUGACUAUGAUACAUUAUCAUCGAUAGUUUGUUCUUUUAUCAUUCAAGAGAACAGACCAACCUCUUCAUUUUUCAAUAAUUUGGACGAGGAACAGAUGUACAAGGUUAUAUGUUAUCUACCACCUACACAGUACAAGCAUAUGAUGGAUUUCUAUCAACAACAUCGAUCCAAUAUAUUGUCACGUUUCAACUUUAUCAGUGGAGAGUCACCUAGUCAAGAUGUUAUCGAUAAUACAAGUCACAUCAUUAUCGUUGACACCAAGAAAAUAGCACGUCUCAAACAUAUACACAAGAUAUUGUAUCGACAUCUUCCAACAAGCUCCUCCUCCUCUUCUUCAUUGGUGUCAUCGAUGACAAGUGAUAUGAUAGAUCCACAAUUGACGAUAACCGUUUUCGAUCAUCAUCCCGAUACCAAAGAUGACAUUCAACCAAGAGUUGCCAAAGACAGCGUCAAUCAAAUAUCAGUAGAUUCUCAACAAUGUGGUGCAUGUACUUCCAUGAUGAUCAAUAAACUCAAAAAUGAUAAUAAUCAACAAAAUACUCCAUUGAUAAAUCUAUCAACUGAUAUUGCAACAAUCAUUGCAAUGGGAAUAUAUGAAGAUACAGGAAGAUUAACUUAUAAUUCAACCAAUCAUAUAGAUUUUGAAGCAAUUGAAUAUUUAUCAAGAUUUAAUCUUAAAAUGGAUGUAAUUAGAAAGUUGGGUGGAAAAAGUUUAAUCCCUAAAGAUGAAUCGUCAACGAUUGAUUCCAAUUCCUCUUCUUCUUCUUCCUCUUCUCCAACUAUUAUGACAAAAAAUACAUCAAUAAGUAAUUUAUCAAAUAUAACAUUAUCAACAUCAUAUAAUAAUUUAUUACAAAUAUCAUCAAUGAAAACAUUUUCAGCUAAAGAUAUGACAAUCUAUGAAAAUAUUUGUCAAUCAAUUUAUACAGUCACUUUUAAACACCAAAAGUCUUCAUCUUGCUCUGAAGAUUUUAAAGUUCAUAUUGGGGAAAUUGUUUUUGAUGGUGCUUGUCCAUCACUCUCUCCCAUUAUACAAACUAUAAUGGAAAUGAACAAGGAUAUUAAAACUGGUAUUUUCCUCGCUCAAUCUCCUGAAUGUAUUAUUGUCAUUGGAAGAUCAAGUCAACAAAAACCAGAUAUCAAUGUAGGUGAGAUUGUAUCACAAUUUGGUGGAGGUGGACAUCACCAUGCUUCCUCUGCAACCAUUAAAGCAUUUAGUUUACAACAAGUUAAAAAUAUGUUAUUUUUAAUGAUCAAUUCUCAAAUGAACAACUCAAAUAAUGAUAUUAUUAAAAUGAAUCAAUAUCAAUCAAUUUUAAAUAAUCAAUUAAUUAAGAAUCAAGAGAUUAAAAUGAAUAUAAAUAUAAAUAAUUAUCAACAAUUUGAAUUUUAUAAUGAAUAUUUUAAAUGUGUAUCAAUGACUGCUCAAAAUAUGGUUGAACAAAUUCGAUUGAUUACAAAAGAGAUGGGUACUAGUCUUUAUCUCUAUGGAGACACUGUUUUUGGAAUUUAUAAAGUUAUUCAAAAAGUUGAUACCAUUCAAUUAUUUACUUUUACAAAUGAUAUCAAUCUCUUUAACAGUAAAUUGGGAUCAAUUAAAUCAAACAAAUGGGAUUUAAAAUUAGAGAAUAAUAAUAAUAAUAAUAAUAUCAUUUUAAAAAAUGAACUAAAAAUAGUUAAUGAAAAUGAUUUAUAUAGUGAAAAUAAUCCAAGUAGGUCAAAGAUUAUGUAUAUUGGAUCAAAACAAAAUUAUUCAUUCCAAUCUUUGGUUGUACAUGUCGAGGACAAGAAUCAUUUUAUUUUAUAUGAUUUAUUCAACUCGAUUUAUGACAUUAAACAUAAUAUUGUUAGAAUCAAUCGUUCCAAUUCUUUUAUAAAUGAUCCAUCUUUAUUAUUUAGUAUUAUAAAAGAAUCAAUUGAAAAUGAUAUGAAAAUAUCAAUGGAUACUAAAAGAUUUAUUAAAUCAUCAAUUGUAAAAGAAGAGAUUAUAUCAAGAUUAAGAGGUAGAGAUUUUUUAGACUUUUUAAAAUGGGUAUUUUCUAGAGAUGAUUUUCUUGACAUUUUAAAGUUGGCACAUUCAAUUGGAGCGUUUGAAAUAUUAUCAGAGUCUAAAGACAAACCAUUUGGACUAACAAGAACAUUGACCUAUUACAAACAAACAUUGGAUUGGUUAGAUUCGAUUUUCUAUACUGGUUCUAUCAAUCGAUACGAGGUUGGAUUUAAAUGUCUAGUCUAUUGUUUGGAUAAAAAGUUUUUGGUCAAUCAAGUUCCAGGUAGACUUGAAAUGACACCAAAUGAAAUUGAUUUGUUUAUAAAAUCAUCUGAACAAAUUAAAUUGGCAAGGAAAAUAGUCAUUGAUUGGGUUAAAUCAACAACAAUAACAACAAAAGAAGAAAUCAAUCCUCCUCCUCCUCCUCUUCCUCCUCUUCCACCAUCAAUAUUUAAAUCAAUGUCUGUUGAAGAUAUUUUAGUUACACGAUCGAUUUAUAGAUUAGGUUUUAUCAUUCAAUUGAUGAUAUCGAGAAAGGCACUGUUACCAACCAUAACGGUAUUGGCAUUGUUUGUAGUAUCUUCAAUCAUCUUUCUAAACUUUUAUACCAAUAGUGGGGGUAGAGGAGGACGAGGCAAUGACCCUUACAGUCCAAAACAGACCAUAGACAAGAGACAAAUACAAACAUUGGUAAAUAGAUUAAACUUUCAAUGGGGUGUUCAAACUAAUCGUAAUAGUCAUGACAACUCCACCUAUUGUAAAUAUACUGUACAAAGUUCAAAAUAUGUUGUUGACGAUCAAGGACAUAUUUGUUUAAGAUCUGAAUUGGAUUCGGGUUGUUGUAAUAUAAAUAAUUUUGAUAGAUAUUCUUGUAAUGGAUGUUCAAGUAAAUAUAGGUGUUGUGAAGAAUAUACCUAUUGUGUAUCAUGUUGUUUGGGUGCACGACAAGAGACAUUGGAAGCAGUACUCGUUCAAAUGGUAGAGGGUGUAUCUCCUAUUGGAGAACCACAUGACCAAUUUGAUUUGUGUCAAUUGGUUUGUCGGACAUCAUCUCAUUCUGUUAUACAUCAACGAGAAUAUAAACAUCCAGACACAAAAUAUUGUUAUGGAUACUAUGAACCGGAACCUGAAAAAUCAUCAUCUCAAUAA